AUGGACAGUUCCGAUGAUUGGGGCCGGUUGAGGGAACAAGAUUAUGCGGGGGAUGAUUUGCUAAAAUUUUGCGAUCCCCAGCGGAAAGCGAAGCUGAGCCAACACUUAGUGUGUGCGCUAGUGUACGAUCGAGAGAUAGCAGCGCUCGUGGAAGGGGUUCCAGCGGAUACGCGCGUGUCCGAGAAGCUCCGAUCACAUAUCCACCUGCUGAGCACGAAUGCUUUGUACAGGAAGGCAUAUUACUCGUCCGCCAGCGUGGCUGACUGGGCGGCGAUUGAGCGGUUUUUCUACUCAGGGCUCACCCGUCCUGCGGAGAUAUAUCUCCUCCAGAACUAA